AUGAAGUUCCUCACAUUAACUUCUCUGGUCACCGGCGCCUUGGCCGGCGUGAUCUUUGACCGUGACUUGCCCACCAUUCAGGGUGUUUUGACAACCGUUGGCACUAACCUGGUUGGCCUUGAUACCGCAGUCAAGGCCUUCACCGGUGACCCAACCAACGUGUUGACAGCUUCAAACACCCUGAUUCAGGCACUCAAGGAUGGCAAGGCCAAGGUUGACCCCACCGGUCAGUUGUCUCUGACCGACGCCCUUGGUCUCCAGGCUCCUGUAAAGGACUUGCAAGCCAAGGGUGACGCCCUCCUUGCCGAUCUCAAGGCCAAGAAGGAUGCUAUUGCCCAGAAUGGCCUUUGCGAGGCUACCUUCCUUCAAGCCAGCUCCAUCAAUACGGCUUCUCAAGCUCUCAUUGACACCGUCAUCUCCAAGGUCCCCGAGGCUGCGCAGGAUAUAGCGAAGAGUCUUGCUGCCGGUCUUGUAGCAGACCUCAAGGCCGCACAGGAUGCCUUCAGCCCAGCUAACUGCAAGGACACCGGAACUCCUCCCCCUACUUCUUCGGCCCCUGGAACUUCUCCUCCAGCUACUACUACUCCCCCAGUUACUACUCCUCCUAACACUUCUACUCCUCCUACGACCACGACACCCCCUCCCGGCAGUGAUACUUGCCCUGCCGCUCAGACUGUCACCGUCACCGCCAUCGACACCAAGGACUGCACUCCCACUCCUACUUGCACGACCAAGGCACCUGUGACGGUCACCACUACCAAGAAGGCAUGCCCUACCAAGGCGAAUCUGCCGUGGUAA